CCACAGCCAAAUCAGGUUGCGAGGGUAUUACACCUUAUGUAUAGGUUAGUUGUACAGCCGAAUGCUGCAAGAGCUCAGAUGUUUGCAGAGGUAUUUAUAACAUCCGGUGGGAUAGAAACACUUCUUGUUCUGCUGCAGCGAGAAACUAAAACUGGUGAGGAUAGUGUUUUAGCUAUGGGUAAGAGUGGAACAAGGUCAUCAACUGAUCAAAGUGAAAAGAGUCAGAACAACGGGUCUGGUUCUGUAAAAAAGUUGGAUUCCGGUGUUGACCCUUCUGGUCCUGAUGGAAAUUCUGUUGAGGAUGAUAAUGUAGGGUCUCCGAAUGAACCAGCAUCAGAUCCACAAGAAAAUGAGCAUGUAUUUUCAUCUGUCAUUUGUGAUAAUGACUCGAUUUCCAUUACCAAUUCCAUAGAUACGGAGAGAAUAUUGUCUGUUUCUGAAAUUGGUGGUAUAAGUCUUUCGAUUAGUGCUGAUAGUGCAAGAAAUAACGUGUACAAUGUUGACAAUAGUGAUGCUGUUGUCGUUGGGAUCAUUAGAUUGAUUGGUGCUUUAAUUUCUAGUGGGCACCUAACAUUUGAUUCGGUUGCCCGUUCUGAUUUGACAAGUAACAUUCUGGGUAGUGGACUCCAUGAAAAUGGAGGAACGAUGUUUGAUGAUAAAGUCGCAUUGCUCCUAUUUGCUUUGCUGAAAGCAUUUCAAUCUGCUCCAAACAGGCUGAUGACUGACAACGUCUAUACAACUUUGCUUGGAGCCUCGAUCAAUGCUUCAUCAACAGAAGAUGGCCUUAACUUUUAUGAUUCAGGUCAUCGCUUUGAACACUCCCAACUUUUGUUAGUCCUCCUGCGGUCUCUACCAUCUGCGUCCAUGGCUCUACAAAGCCGAGCACUUCAGGAUCUUCUCUUUUUGGCUUGUAGUCAUCCGGAAAAUAGAAGCAGUCUGACAAAAAUGGAAGAAUGGCCUGAGUGGAUCUUGGAGAUUUUGAUCUCGAAUUAUGAGAAAGAUGCUGGGAAACAGUCUGCUUCAGCGGGUUCUUCUGAGGUAGAAGAUCUAAUUCACAACUUCUUGAUCAUAAUGUUGGAACAUUCAAUGCGCCAAAAAGAUGGUUGGAAGGAUAUCGAGGCUACAAUUCAUUGUGCAGAGUGGCUUUCUAUCGUUGGUGGUUCUAGCACUGGAGAGCAAAGAAUUAGGCGUGAGGAGUCAUUACCAAUUUUCAAAAGAAGACUUUUUGGUGGUUUGCUAGACUUUGCUGCCAGAGAACUGCAGGCUCAGACUCAAGUUAUUGCUGCAGCAGCUGCUGGUGUUGCUGCAGAGGGUCUAGCACCAAAAGAUGCAAAGGCUGGAGCAGAAAAUGCUGCUCAGCUUUCUGUCUUUCUGGUGGAAAAUGCAAUCGUGAUUUUGAUGCUCGUCGAAGAUCAUUUGAGGUUACAAAGCAAACAAACUUGUACAACAAAUGCAGUUGAUGCUUCUCCGUCUCCUCUUUCUCUUGUUUCUCUUAAAAAUCGUACAAGCACACUGACAGCGAUCGGAGAAUCGUCAGAGAUUUCUAGCAGUCGCGCUUCACUGUCAAGUGAUUCAGGGAAGGUCCCUUUGGAUAUACUCGCUUCAAUGGCUGAUUCAAGUGGACAGAUUUCUGCAGUCGCAAUGGAGCGCCUUACUGCUGCCUCUGCAGCUGAACCUUAUGAAUCUGUUUCCUGUGCUUUUGUUUCAUAUGGUAGCUGUGCCAUGGAUUUGGCUGAGGGUUGGAAGUAUAGGAGUCGAUUGUGGUAUGGUGUUGGCUUUCCCCCUAAAACUAGUUCUUUUGGUGGUGGUGGCAGUGGUUCAGACUCUUGGAAAUCUACUUUAGAAAAAGAUACUCAUGGAAACUGGAUUGAACUUCCCUUGGUUAAAAAAUCUGUAUCCAUGCUUCAAGCUUUGCUGUUAGAUGAGUCCGGACUCGGAGGUGGCCUUGGAAUAGGUGGAGGAUCUGGUACUGGGAUGGGAGGGAUGACAGCCCUCUACCAGUUGCUGGACAGUGAUCAGCCUUUCUUAUGCAUGCUUCGAAUGGUGCUUCUGUCUAUGAGGGAAGAAGACUAUGGUGAAGAUAAUAUGCUAAUGAGAAAUCUAAGUUCUGAACGUUCUUCCGGGAAUUCAGGUACAUUAGAUAGCGGUUCUCUAAUGUCUAUGCGACAAUCCCGAUCAGCUUUAUUGUGGAGUGUGCUCUCUCCUAUCCUAAACAUGCCAAUAUCCGAUUCAAAGAGGCAGAGAGUACUGGUUACUGCCUGUGUUCUCUAUUCUGAGGUAUGGCAUGCUAUCAGCAGAGACAGAAGACCACUUCGUAAGCAGUAUAUAGAGGCUAUUUUACCACCAUUUGUUGCAGUCCUCCGGAGAUGGCGACCUCUUUUGGCUGGCAUUCAUGAACUUGCCACUGCUGAUGGUAUGAAUCCCCUUGUCGUUGAUGAUCGUGCCUUGGCUGCUGAUGCGCUUCCCGUUGAGGGUGCUCUUUCUAUGGUUACUCCGGAGUGGGCUGCUGCUUUUGCUUCACCGCCUGCUGCAAUGGCUCUAGCAAUGAUAGCUGCAGGGGCAGCUGGCUGGGAAGCCCCGCCACCUCCUACAGCUUCACAUUUUAGGCGAGACUCUUCUAUGCUUGAGCGUAAGACUGCCAAACUUCAGACCUUUUCAAGCUUCCAGAAACCACUGGAGCCUCCAAACAACAAUGCACCACCUCGACCAAGGGAUAAAGCUGCUGCAAAAGCGGCAGCUUUGGCAGCUGCACGAGAUCUUGAACGGAAUGCAAAGAUUGGUUCAGGAAGAGGUCUGAGUGCUGUUGCAAUGGCUACUUCUGCGCAGCGGAGGAAUAUCGGUGACAUGGAGCGUUUACAGAGAUGGAACACUUCCGAAGCUAUGGGAGUGGCAUGGAUGGAAUGUCUCCAACCAAUGGAUACAAAAUCAGUUUAUGGAAAAGAUUUCAAUGCUUUGUCGUACAAAUUUAUUGCUGUACUGGUGGCAAGUUUUGCUUUAGCACGUAACAUGCAAAGAUCAGAGAUUGAUAGGCGUAUGCAAGAUGAUAUCAUUGCGGCAACUCGCCUAUGCUUGGGAAGCCGUGGUUGGCGCAAAUUAAUUCGUUACUUGGCAGAAAUGAGAUGCUUUUUUGGGCCUUUUGGAAAUGAAAUAUGCAGUCCUGAACGCGUUUUUUGGAAACUUGAUUCUAUGGAAAGCUUUUCAAGGAUGAGACAGUGUAUAAGGAGGGAUUAUUCUGGGACUGAUCAUCUCGGGGCAGCAGCAAACUAUGACGAUCAGACAGACACAAAAAGUGAUAAUGGUAGCAAGGGUUCUGCAUCGAAUCCUCCUGUUCUUGCUGCUGAAGUUAUAUCAAUGGAAAUAGCGUAUGAAGAUGAUGAACAUGGAGAGGGUGAUCAUCUUGAUAUCAAAGGCCAUGCUGAAGAACAUAGAAGGGAAAAUGAAGAGAGAAUAUCUGGUUCACAUGAGCAUGCAUCCAGAAAUUCAGCAGGGACUAGUGAUCCUCGAACUUCAAAUGACCAUGAAAUGGUCCGAGAUUCUUCAGCAGUAGCACCUGGCUUUGUUCCCAGUGAAGUUGAUGAAAGGAUCCUUCUUGAGUUUCCCACAUCAAUGGUCCGGCCACUAAGGGUUGUGAAAGGAACCUUUCAAAUUACAACACGGAGGAUAAAUUUUAUUGUUGACAACAGAGAAAGCCAGAAUUUGACUGAUCACUCUUAUGGAUCCCAAUCACGUGACCAAGAAAAGGAUCGUAGUUGGCCAAUGUCUUCUCUUCAUCAGAUUUAUAGCCGGAGAUAUCUCCUGAGAAGGAGCGCCUUGGAACUCUUUA